AAGCAGAUAGAGUGAGAUGUUUUACAAAUAUUCUCAACUUGUUAUUUGUGCCUUUAGAAAAGGAGUUUAACCAGUUUCUAGGGCCAAUUAGCAAAGACAAGCUGGUACAAUAAUUACAAAAAUUUCAUAACAUCGUGAUGGGUUUUCUUGGCAAAUACAUUAGUAGUAGUACCCCUAUCAUACAACUCCCCAAGAAAAUCAUGCUCCUUUUCUAAUUGCUCGUCUUUUCUUUAGCACAAUUUCUUUUUCUUUAUCGUUUUAACAUGCAUAAAAAAGCCUCGAAUAGUACAGUGGAUGCAUACAAGCAUGCGUUUGAAAGACAAGAGCCGACAUACAGGAAAAGAGUAAAAUCGUUUACUUCUGUCAUUCAUCACCCUCGUCGCUUAGGUUCAGGAUCAGCUUGCGAACGUUGUAGAAGUAGAAAAACAAAAUGUGAUGGUGGUCAACCUUGUUCAUUUUGUUCUUCUCAUAGUGUUCAAUGCUUUCAUAGGCCUAUGAGUAGUAGAAAAAGAGGAAAAGCAUUGGCUAAAGAAAAUUUCACUCUAAAUACUAUGAAAUUGAAUGAAACUCUUCAGCAUACAGAGAAACAAAUCCCACUUGAAUAUCCAGACAAUCAAUUUGACUCGUUUGCUGAUCUUGUGACUUGUGAUGACAUAAAAGUAGAUCUUUCGUCAAAAUCGCACUUUACAAUUAAUGCUAUACCGAGUAUUAUGGAUCAAUUGUCUUGUCAUACAUUUACCUUAGAAAAAGUAUAUUCUUAUGAUCGAAAUUAAUUACAUAGCACAUCGCUUGCAUAUAAGUAUAGAUUGCUUUAUGCAUACGUUUACUUUGAUUUAAGAUAAGC